AAACAAUUGUGUUCUAAAUGAACUAACAUUUUUAACCAUAAAAUCCAUAAAUUGCGAGAAUACAGGCUAUAGAGAAGAAAUCCAAUAUCUAGCAUUUCACUUAUUUAAUAACAGCUGAACAUAGCGUAUACAGACAUGGCUAACAAAGAAGCGGCCGAGAAACUGCAUUUUAAUGUGGACUUAUACAAACAAGCUAAGUAUCAUCUGCAGUUUUUGAAAACUAUUGAAAAUAUCCCAGAACUAAAACAAACAAACGUACUGAAGCGAGCCGUUUACAGAUAUGAAAAAUUUUGGCUACCGUUAGCUGCUGACCAUACCGACGAAUGUCUUGUCGCUCCAUUAGACAUAGAGUGGGUUUGGCAUUGCCAUAUGUUAAACCCGGAAUCAUAUGAGAGAGAUUGUCAGACAAUCGUUGGCAUAACUAUAAAUCAUACACUUUAUUAUCAGGCUUCAUUUUUAGAAAAACAAAACGAGGCACGACAAUACUGGUUACAAAAGUAUGGAACACAAGCCGAACCUUUUGACAUAGACUUCACUACGACAAAUGAUCAACAUGGUGCUCCACAAUAUGCUUCACAGUUCGAAUACGACAUCAUUAGAGCGGCGGGGAGGCAGGCGGUGUUUUACUAUCAAGUGUCGUUACCACAUUUCAAAGAUGGCAUGUUUCUCAAACAUUCUGUUUUAAGGUACAAACAGUUCUUAUACAUUAAAACUAAAGUUGAGCAAGUCUUCCUUGUCCCGUGUUAUGAUAUAGACAUCAUCUGGCACACCCAUCAGCUUAAUCCUGUCGUCUACAAAGAUGACAUGGUUAGGAUAAUUGGCUACUUAUUUAACCAUGACGACAAUGUGAACGAUAGAAGUGAAGGUUCUAAACUUUACAUGGCUGGAAAGGAGACAAGUGAAAACUGGAGGAUAUUUUACGGCGAGAAUUUCUCACUACCAGGAGCAAUGUACCGAGGUACACCACCACAGGGACGCCUACAUGUUGUCGAUGAUCUGUUACAUCUAAACUUUGAUAAAGAAUACAUGUCAGUUAACAAAAUAUGUACCAUUUCUUUGAACAAGCUGAUAUUGACAAUGUCAUCUGGGGAUUCAAAUAGAUACAGAAGUGUUAAACUGAAAGGAUCAAUCUGUAAAGGGUUCUUAAUAGUUAAAUCAUGGCUAUCUUUAACAUGCCGGUUUUCUUUCUCUUCUGAAGCACCCGACUCUAUAGAAAUGACAAGUGUUGGUUAUUACAAGUUGGAUACAAAAACUGCUGAUAACAUUCGGUUUGAAGUAUAUGGUCUGUCGGGGGUUGCUUGCUGUAAAUCUGAAACUUUUUUAGGAUCUGGUACAUUGAAUGUGCUACCAAUUAUAAAUCAAAGGCAAUUUAUACAAUCUGGUGGAACAAUACAAGAGAAAAUCACAUUUGGUAACAAUAUAUUUUUGGAUAUUGAGGGCUGUUUUUCGCCACUUGAGUUUGAACACGAAAACGGGGUACAAAUGCUUCUGCGUAACAAUGUACAAAUCUGUCUUGAGAGAGGACAAUAUAAAACAGUUGCCAUUCCAGAAGAUGUUCAACUACUCUUUGGCCCGGUAGCUCUAGAAAGUCGUCCUGAAAUUGCAAGCAGCCUAUGUCAAACAGCUACACAUCGGUUUAAGAGCAAAUUAUCCGGAGAAACAUUGCCUUUUGAAGUUACAGUCUUUCAUAGUCAGUCCUUGCUUAUGUCAGUGAUUCAAGUUAUUUGCAAUAACAAAAUGGUCGCCGUAGCUCACCUAAUUGCAUCUGACCAACUUCCGCUGCCAACACAGGUUGUAGCAGUUAAUGUAAAGCUUAACCCGAAGGAAGGAGAGCGAGCCGUCCUUAUCAAGAACAACGAAGGUGACUGGGGAAUCGUUAUAGGUCGUUGGAGAUAUUUUAAAAAAGGCAUGAAAGGUGAAAGAGCUGUGUUUGUAAAUCGUGGACAGCUUACGGCAAGAUUUUACAAGUUUUCAAGCGACAAGAUAACAGAUAUCAACCAGGUUGCCCAUUCUCCCAUUAAUAAGCUGGCCAUUGAAGGAUUUGAAGUCGACAUUACAAGCAACAUUAUUCUAAUUGAUACAACCAACAAAGAAAUAGCAGAAAAUAUUGCACUUGUAUUUUCUGUCUCUCUUUUACAUGUUUUAUGUGUACCGAGACCGGAAGGAUAUGUAGAUGGUCAAAAGGUAGAACCGACCGGAAGUUUAUUUCGAGGUGAUAAAUCAGUAUCUGUUGUUAGCUAUGAGUACCAUUUCCGUUUUAUGAUAGCCCCCAGGAUUACACAGCAAAAACGCCUUCAAAUUCAUAAUUUUAAAUGA